GUGUGCCCAUGGGUGCAAGUGACAGCGUGACCGCGCGGUGCGAGGCGCUCAGCACCCUCCCGGAGCUGACACUGAUUUACUGGUUGGGGAACGGCUCCUUUGUGGAGAAGCUGCCCCCGGCCGCGGCCGCUCGCGAGGAGCCGGUGCGGGAGGAGCCGCGCGGCGCGGGGGUGAUGCUGCGCCGGGACCUGCGCCUGGAGCCCUUCAGCGCCCAUCACUCCCGCACCACCUUCUCCUGCGUGGUGCUCAGCCCGCUCGGGGCGCACACCACGGACCUGCGCUGGCCGCCGCCAGCGCCGGCGCGGGGCUGAGGCCGGGCGGCAGCUCAUGACACGUGUGUACAUCACAACGUGGGUCCUGCUCCGCACCCCCGCGCCGCUGCGUGGGGACACCACCCCUCAUGGAGGCCCGUCCCCCUGGGAUGGGGAUGGGUCUGCUCAGCCCCACGGCUCCCGGUGCCCCUCGCCGAGCCGGGAGCCGCUGCCCGGGCCGGCCCCGGGCCCUGCCCGCAGCGGGCUGUGGGACCCCAGCGGUUAUUAAAGCACAUUGAGGCUG